GAGGGGUCCCGUGAGGCGGCCUCUGAGGCGGGUGAUAACAGUCUUUCAGCAACUACUUACGAAUCUGAUUUGGAAAUGAAAUUGAAGAAAAAAACUCGACACAAACUUCCACCACGAUCACCAAAAUCUCCAUACCUCUGUAAACCUAAAAUGGUUGCAGCCUGGAGGUCUUUGAAAUCAGCAGGGAGCAUGCCUCUGGGAAACACGACGACGGCUAAAUCCUCACGGCAACUGUGGCCUGGAACUUCGAAACAAGCUAGUUUAACUCAGCCUUUAAAAUCAGACCUUGACUUGGGGUAUACGUGGACCAGCCCUUCGAGCAGCACACCCGAAUAUUUGAAGGAAGCUCUAGGGAUGAAGAAGCCAAAGCAUAGCCGUUCUGCUAGCAAUGGUCAUAUACCUGGAACCCCCAUGUACAAAGAGAAAGAAGAUAUGUAUGAUGAGAUCAUUGAAUUGAAGAAGAUGUUGCACUCUGAGAAAAACAACGUGGACAUGGUGAAAACAAAGCUCCGGAGAUUAGAGGAGGAAAAUAACAGGAAGGAUCGGCAGAUUGAGCAGCUUUUGGAUCCAUCCCGGGGCUCAGAAUUUGCCCGGACUCUGGCAGAGAAAAGAUCGGAAACUAGCUGGGUCAUCAACGGACUGAAACAGAGGAUUCUCAAAUUGGAGCAACAAUGCAAGGAAAAGGAUAAUGUUAUCAACAAACUCCAGACAGAUGUAAAGACAACUAACUUGGAAGAGAUGCGGAUUACUCUGGAGACUUACCACGAAGAGAUCCGUCGUCUUCGGAUUCUUCUGGCAAAUUCUGAAGCUGCAGGAAGGAGGUCCUCUCCAGAAAAAUCAACCACACAGAAACAGCAGAAGACGAUGAAGGCCGCCGUCAUGCAUUUAGCCAGGAAUGUUAGAGAAUUGCAAGAUGAGAACCAGAGCUUGAAAGAAGAUCUGGACAAAGUGCUGAGCAAUUCUCCUAUUUCCAGCAAAGCUAAAGGUUACCGUGACUGGAGCAAACAGAGGCUAGUGCGACGGAUCUCAGAAUUGGAAAAAAAAGUGGGUGAGCAAGAGAACACAAGAUUGCAGUCUGUGUUUCGGGCCACAUCAGCUCCCCUGGUUCAGUCUACUCCAACCACAGCGCGACCAGAGCAGAGGGGACCUGAGCCCUUUGAAGAGGGUCAGCGCCUCCGAGGGCUCGUGAAAAAACUGAAAGGAGAAAGGAAGGCAUUGCAGACUCAGCUUGCUGAGAAAAAUUUGGAGAUAAAGAUGUUACUGGAGGCAAAAGCCGUCAUGGAGAAGGAGCUGAAAAAGGAGAACAAAACAGAGAAAGAGAGAAGAAAUGAAGAGUCGUUAAGAGAUGAAGCCCAGAGUCUUACCAUGAAGAUGCCAGAGCUCAAAGAAAGCAGAACAGUUGCAGAUGACUCCAUGGAAAGAGCCCUUGAGGUCCAAGAAGAAUUUACAAAAGAAGGUCCUGCAGAAAAUUCAAGUGAUCUGCCCUCUCUGCCCACAUCUGAGUGCUCUGAAGAGGAAAAUGAAGAUCCAAGAAGGGAUAAAGCUGCCAGAAUCCUUCAGGCUCACUGGAAGGCAUACAGGAGCAAGAAAAAGGAGGUUGAGCUGGAUGAGGCGGCUGAAGUGCUUCAGGCAGCUUUCAGGGGACAUUUAGUACGGCAGAGGCUGUUAUCAAAUAAUACACUUGUUCCAAAAUCUCCCACUGUGUGUGGACUUCCAAAUAAGGGCUCCUGUACGUCCCACGGUUAUAGUUCUUCCAGCUUGGCUGCUGCCUGCACGGAGAACGAAGAGGCUGUUAUAGUUAUCCAGUCAAUUUUCAGGGCUCAUUUAGCCCGCACUGGGCAGAGGCCUUCUGUUUCCAGUCAUGCAAGUGAAAGAAUAAGUUCUGUGAAUUCCAGUAAGGAGAAGGCCUCUGCACCUGUCUACCUGAAACCAUCCUCUUCAACUUUCACAACAGCAUCUCCUGGUAAAGAAGAUAGUAAACUGAGAGGUGAAGAGAUUGUAAAGGAAUCAGCUGCAGAGGAGAAGAAAAUAAGACCAACAAAAGUGAAGCCACCGUCUGUACAGUCCUUUUCCACCGUUUCCCUCCACUCCCGAUUGCAGCCUGUGGCCUCUCCACCCGUGGACGAAGUACAUUCAGACGAUUCAGAUGAUAUUAUCAUCUCUCCACAUCUGCCUAUGAAGAAAAAGCAUCCCCACUCUUAGAUUCCGACUCUUCCACCUGCAACUUAUUUUCACCAAUUAAAAAAUGUAUUUUCAUUCCAUAUGAGGUUAGUGUGAAGAGAACCAAGUACAAUUUGGAAAAUUCAUUCUCUGAAAUUUCCAAACCUGGAAAAAUAAUUUAACGUGGUAGGAAAAGAAGAGUACAUUAAUCUGCACUGAUUUUUACUAUACAAAUUUUGCCUGCCUAGACUCUACGGGAAAGCAGGAAGGACUUUAUUUGUUUGCCAUAAAUUACAUUAAAACUCUGUUUCAUUCCAGAACUAAUGAUCUACUGCUUUGCUGUUGGGCACACACACGGACAGUUCUUUAAAAUAUGUAGUUAUGUAGGGUGAUUGGCUUAUGCAAAGGGCAUCUUCACUGGUCUUCCUUUUUCCUUUACAUUGUUAGUAACUGGAUUUAGCAUCAUCCCCAUCAGAUGACAUUUAAUGAGACCUGUGUGCAUAGAUUGUAAGCCUCUUGUGGGUAAGGACCAUCUCCUGUUCUUCUUGUAUUCUUGUUGUAUUUUCCAAGCUCCAAGUACAGGGCAUCACCCUGGGCGUGCACCAUUACUACUACUAGGUACCUAGCCUAGAACUAUCAAUUCCUACAUUCAUAACAAACCUCCCUCCAUUUAACUGGAACUUCCACACCCCACCCCUUUCAAAGCAACCAGCCCCUGCCCAGGAAGCCCAGAAGUACCUGUGACAGGAAGACUGGGGGACAAGUAAAGGUGAAUCAGGUGUGCAAUGUCCUCAUCCAAAGAAAUAAAUAGAAUUUGGCAGAGUUGAAUCCAGAGGGAUAGUACAAAUCUAUUCAUACUCAGCAGUUACGGGUGUUUGCACCACCAAUUAUCUGCCCCAGGAUACGGCACUGAAAGGAUAGGACUCCCAAUAGUUGAGUUUGAGUGGGAUUCGUUACUAGAGGAAAUGAUCAUUUGGCCUUAAAAAAAUUAUCAACCAUAAAAGCUGCACUCCAGCUGUUCUUUUUUAAGGCUUUAGAUGGGCAUAGCGUGGUACGAGCAGGCCCGCUAAACACUGCUUUCGGUUUGACCAUCUGAACGGGAGCUGCUGUUGAGAAAAUCAUUUUUCUUGAAAGCAGGCGUAGGUCAUGUGCAUGAAAACAGUGUCUUCUCCAUGUUGCCAUAAACAGUGCCCUUGACUUCUCGCGGUGAAUCAUUUUGCUCCUGCUUCACAGUGAAAGUUGCCAUUUAACCUUAAGCAGCACUGGGGUGUGUGAGCGCUACUGACUGCAGCCAGCUGAGUCUGUCAGAUUGCUUUGAAAUCCAGUCGUCUGAUCUGAAAAGGGUUUUCCUACUUGGUGAGAACAGCUACGACAUCAGGACCUGUUAUGUCAUUCUCUAAAAUGAACUACAUUUUUUAAUGGUUAGCUGUGCCUACUUUACGACACAAGCAAAACGUUAUUAAAGCCUCACUUUUCCUCCAGCUGCUUAGGCAUGAUGGUAAGAAUUUUACUAUAAACUCCUUGCAAAUGAACAUUUCCUUCUGGCUCGAAGUAGAUAAAGGUGUGUUCUUUUUAUUUUUCUCCUUCCUAAUGGUAGGCCUCGUGAAUGAGAUGCUAAUUUGCUCUUUGUCUUUCAUUCUCCUUUCCUUCCCCUCCACAGAAGUGUGACCACAACCAGUGAGCCAAGAUUAAAACCCAGGCAGGAUCCAGAGGUCGAGUGGUAUGGGAACCACGUCCAAUUGGAUUAUCUUUUAUCUAGCCCAAUAAUUAACAUGAUGCUUUGGCACAUUGUAAGCACUGAAUAAAUACUGGUUUUAUUAUUAUUCUGUUUUGUCAUCUACCCUCUCACUGCCUCACAUUCCAGUACCUCUCGCGUGCAUGCACACACACACAAAGCCCCCACCCCCACCCCCUUACCUCUUUCUUUAUGAGUUUUACUUAUUCAUCCAUAUCUCCUUGGUUUGGUCUUCCUCCUCCUUCCUCCAGCCAGUAGGAACUGAAAUGAAAAACCCAAACCGAUCCAAAUGAAACUCUGAGGAUUCAAUUAAAUCUUAAGUACCCCAUCUAAAUCACCAUCCCAAGGUAUUGCUUCUUUCCCCUUCCCUGGAACUUUUUUCUUCCUUGUUUCAAAGACUAUUUUGUCCAACUUCUUUCUACAUCUGCUUUUUCACUCUGAAAACCUCAAUGGCAGGGAGAUUAUUUUUGAUUUAUAGGGAGAGAGCUUUCCUCCCAACAUUAAGAUGUCUGGGCCGCCUUUAGAAUCCAAAGUGUCUGGUCACAAUGAAAAUGUGGAUGGUGA